GUAGCUGUGAUGCCCGUGGAGUGAGUUCUCACGUAGCGUCAGGGAAUAGAACGUCUGUUUGUGAGAACAGACAGAACGUUGUCGCGAGCAACCAGCCGUUGACCACCGCUAGUACAAGGUUAGCUUACUCCAACUCGACUGCUUUGCUGGGGCUUUAAUGGGGGAAACGCUUGGACAUGUACAACUUGUGCUCUCAUUAUGUAGCUAGUUAGAGGGCCUAUCAGCAGGACACCACUGCUUCAGUGACGCCCUCGUGAUUGGAUGAAGAGAGAACCGCUGACUACCAGUAUGGACGCGUUACAUCCUGGAGUUUCCUACAGCCCUUAGUUCUCUGAUCUGCAGCUGAGCCAACUGAACCCUAAACCGUGACCAGCCCCGGUCUAUGACUGAACUCAUGUCAGGUGAUCUGUCUUGUGCCACGAUGAUGUCAGUAGAUGUGACCAAUCGUAAUGGCCCCGCUGCCACGCCUCCCACCUCACUCAGCCUUCGCUCCUCACACAACCAGCUGCUGAGCAGCGAUGUCAUCAAGCAGGGCUCCGCCACGCCGCCCAAGUGUCGCAAAAAGUAUGCACUUACCAGUAUCCAGGCCGCCAUGGGCCUCGGAGAAGCAGCGCCAUCAUCCUCAUCAUCACCAUUAUCCCCUUCACAUUCUUCAACACCCAACAAUCCCAAACUAGCCAAGAACGGAAUGAACCAGCUUCGUAAAGCCGGUCAAGAUCACAACAAAAACACAACCAGCCCUGACUUGACGGACCUGGAGUCUGAAAAUACAGCAGAUGACCUUAAUGUCAACACAGUUGAAGAGGAUGACAGUCACACUCUCACCAAUAAUGACCGAGAGGAUGAUGUAAUUGAGGUAGACGUUGAACUGCACUCGGACACUAACACUGACGCACAGCCAGAGCCGAUAACUGAAUUAGACAUAGACUGUAACAUUAACACGACUGUGGAGCUCAAUGUGAACGGCAACACAACAGUUUUGGGCUUUGACUUGAACAUUGAGGCAGAGGAGAGUGAUGACAUCAGCAUUCUGUCUGAGAAGGAAAUGAUGUCAAAGAUACAGAUUGAGGAAGAUGGAGAUGAGGUGGUAGUAGAGGAGCAGGAAGACGAGGAGAAUAAGCCUUUACUGAUCAUAAAAAGUGAGUCUCCUUUGACGAACCACAAAGUUUCUUCAGGCCUGGAGCUCAUCUCUGACCUCCAUUCCAACUUCAAGCUCCUCAAAUCAGGCAAGGAAUCCCCGGUGCCUCCUCCUCCUUCCCCACCUAAGCAGGCCAGCCCAGAGGACACACCCCUGCUCUCAGUGGCCUCCUGCUCCUCCUCCUCUUCCUCCUCCUCUCCAGAGACGAAGAAGGACAGAAGGACUGGGGCGAAGACAGACUGUGCUUUGAACCGCAUCCAAAAUCUGAACCCCAGUGACGAAGAGUUGAGUUGGACCACACUGUCCCAGGAGAGCAACUCUCCAGAAGAGACAGAUAUCUGGAGUGAGCAGUCAUUCCAGACAGACCCUGACCUGCCUCCGGGAUGGAAGAAGAUCACAGACAUGGCCGGGAUCUACUACUGGCACAUUCCUACAGGCACCACCCAGUGGGAGAGGCCUGCCACUCGCCCAGCACCCCCUGGACAGACAGAGUCCCAGGCCCUGGGCGACCACACAGUCUCCACACAACGUAAACACUCCCUGGGCUCACUCAGCCCCUCACCCACUCCUGACCAUGAGUCGUGCCAGGCAGAGGUCUUCUUUAGGGGGUCGACUCGUUCGGGCAGCACAACCUCUGACAGCUCAGUGGAGCCUCUCCCCACUCACGAGCCCACCCUCACCACAUGUGGAUUUGUCAACAGUUGCUACUUUCCUCGUUCCACAUCUCUACAGGGGAUGCCUGAUCCAGAGUGUCUCUCUCAGCAUCUUGAAGAUGAGGACAAGAAACAGGGGUGGAGUGUUGUUGGCGGAAAGAUUGAUAGUGAAGUGUGGAAGGACCUGCAAGCUGCCACGGUGAACCCUGACCCCAGUCUGAAGGAGUUUGAGGGUGCUACGCUUCGCUACGCAUCACUCAAGCUAAGGAACCGUCCAACAGUGGAAGAAGAAGAGUCUGGCAAUGUCAACAGUGACCCUGCAACAAAGUGUUUUGCAGUGCGCUCUCUGGGAUGGGUGGAAAUGGCUGAGGAGGACUUGGCUCCUGGAAAGAGCAGUGUUGCUGUUAACAACUGCAUCCGACAGCUGUCCUACUGCAAGAAUGACAUCCGAGACACUGUCGGCAUCUGGGGAGAGGGGAAGGACAUGUACCUGGUGCUGGAGAAUAAUAUGUUGAACCUGGUCGACCCCAUGGACCGCAGUGUGCUUCACUCUCAGCCAAUCGCAAGUAUCCGGGUCUGGGGUGUUGGCCGGGACAAUGGCAGGGACUUUGCAUAUGUGGCGCGGGAUAAAAACACCAGGAUCCUAAAAUGUCAUGUGUUCCGCUGUGACACGCCAGCCAAAGCCAUCGCCACAAGCCUGCAUGAGAUCUGCUCCCGGAUAAUGACAGAGCGAAAGAAUGCCAAAGCAAUGGCAGGCUCUCUCCAGGACAGGAUGCAGGCAGGACUAGAUCUACCUUUACAAGCAGAGUUCCCCACACCAAAGACAGAGCUGGUUCAGAAGUUUCAGGUGCUUUACCUUGGGAUGCUGCCUGUGGCCAGACCAAUAGGCUCUUCUCCAGGCAUGGACAUACUGAACGGAGCUAUAGACAGUCUAAUCGGUUCUUCCAACAGAGAGGACUGGACCCCGGUAGCCCUCAAUGUGGCAGAUGCUACUGUCACCAUCAGCAAAGACAAGGACGAAGAGGAAGUGCUGGUGGAGUGUCGUGUUCGAUUCCUGUCUUUCAUGGGUGUUGGGCGGAAUGUGCACACAUUUGCCUUCAUCAUGGAUGCCGGCGGCCAUCGUUUUGACUGUCACAUCUUCUGGUGUGAGCCCAACGCUGGGAAUGUGUCGGAGGCUGUACAGGCCGCUUGUAUGCUGCGGUAUCAGAAGUGUUUGGUGGCUCGACCCCCCUCCCAGAAGGCCUGCGGCACGUCACCCCCCGGGGACUCGGUGUCCCGUCGGGUAUCAACCAGCGUGAAGAGAGGCGUGCUGUCGCUCAUCGACACCCUCAAACAAAAGAGACCCGUCACCGAGUUGCCACAGUAACCAUGGUUGAGCGCUAUCAACUCCCUGCCACAAUCAGUCACCAUGGUAACUAGUCGCAUCGCUGCCAAAAACCUGUCGCCACCACAGAUCCCAGUAACCUUGGAAACACAACAAAGCCCCAGGGUUUGUCAUAUUUCCGUUACAUUUCUGAACUAACAUUGGAAUUUCACCUCAAGAGUUUAUCAGCUCUAGAGCUGAAAUUCAAAUCGGUUUCCUCAAAAUAACUGAGAGGAAUAAAGACUUUAAUCCCGCAACAAGAAGGAACAACCACCGAGAAACACCUGAGUAGUGAUCGUGUACAUAGAAGUAACUCCCCCCCCCCCCCCCACCCCCAACCUCAGCACAGAGAAGGAGAGGAAAGGAGAGCAAAAGCUAAAUAAGUAGGAAGUGCUUCUUCCAGCACAGCACAUGUGAUAAGCAAGCUCAUUGGUGCCAAUACUGCUGAUCUCUCCCAGCUCUAAUUGUAUUUGUGUCUGUGUCUGUGCUGCCAGCAUGACCGUGCACACCCGGCCACACCCCCUGUCAUUCACCUGGUUGUCCUGUUAGUCUGUAGUGGCUUUCCCCCCCUCUACCCCUCUUUCUCAUCGUCCUUUGUAGACUGUAACAUGAAGUGAAGUGGAAGGAAGGAAUCAUCAAAGCCAUCGUGUCUGAUUUCCAAAUCAGUUUGUAAUGAAUGAAAGAAGGAAGCUGCUACAGACUGAAGAGAUUUGGUCGUCCGUCUACACACUCUAACCUGUUCAACUGAUCCUGCAUGAACUUUUUAUAUAAAAAGUGAAUCAUUGUAGACAUUAUCGAUACACUGCUGCUGCUUAGAGAAGGGGUGAGAAAUCCGAAGCCACAUUGGUUGUUUUUUUUCUGUCUUCUUAUUUCUUUGUUUCUCGUCAACUGCGCAAGAAUCAGCCUGAAGGGUCUAAACGAGCGGUGACCUACCUUUCACCCGAAACAUCACUCAUGUACUUCCUUUUUACUUGUUGUUUUUACUUCUUCAUUAUCCCUUGGAAAAUGACAGACAAAUGCCAUAAUGGAGGCAGAGAUGCAGGGAUGGACAGUGUUACCCCUCCCUCUCUGGUAAACAGCACCAGCCUGCUGCUCCAAACACAGGACACAUCGGCAUGCUGCUGCUCCUCUUCGAUACACAUGCUGGAGGAAGAGUUGGCGGAUUAUUCCUUUUAAAUCCCACCUCCGUAUCAGUCCUCCGAGACUUCAUGUCCACUAAUAAAAUGGGGCUGGCAACACAAGAUAUCUGGAGGAAUGUCUUUUUGUACCUGGGUAUGGUGGCGGCUGAGAUCUGACCUGUGAGGAGGAGAGAAGGAGAGAGACAGGUUCUGUCUCCAGCCUCAGCUGUUUUUUCGAGAUGAAAGCCAACAGAGAGACAUGUUGACUUAAACUAACAGGACUUUCCUGGGCUAUCUAUCUGUCUCCAGGGUUCUGUUCACUUGAAUGCGUUUUUUUUUUUAACGUUACCCACUCCUUACUGUCUGUCUAUCUGUUUUCGUCAGUACCACGAGAUCACUUGCGUUUCCUGACACAAAUCUCAGUUCAACAAUGCUAGCUCCUUAUUAUCCCAUAUCUGACAAGCGUGGAUGUAUGGUUAUAACUAAAGAAGUCUUGAAGUUUAUUGCCACUAAAAUCAUGAACAUAUUUUGCCCCGUGGCCGUUCUCUUGGAUGUUGGGCAGCAGAUUAACACCAAACCUUAAUAAUUGACCGUUUGCUAAACCCCUCUAUCAGACAGCGAAUGACUAAUCACAGUUUAGGAACCGUAACAAAGCAUGGCCAGUCUGUCAAGCUUUUGGCUUGUGUAAGGGGCUGUAAGAAGACCAAUACUCAAUGAAUAGUUUGGAGGGUUGUGUCUUUUUCGCCUUUGCAAAAUCAGUAACAUGAGCAGAAGUGAAAGAGUUGAUUAAACUGUUUGUCUGCUCUAAUUUUAGCAAUGCUCUAAUUCACACGUGUCAAACUCAAGGCCCGUGGGCCAAAUCAGGCCCUUUGCAGAUUAUGAUCCGGCCCACCUAUCCAUUC